AUGGAGAAUUUUAUUGAUGAUAAAGAAUAUUUUUCUCUUAAUUCAUGUCUUAUUUGUCCUAGUCCUAUAAGUAAAUGUAAAUAUUGUAGUAUUUCAUUAAAUGAAUGUAAACUUGAAGAUCACUACUUAAUUUGUCAAAAUGUAAACUGUAUUAAUAAAACAUCUGGAUGUAUAAAAAAAUUUCCAAGGAGCAAGUUACAUAGUCAUCUUUCACAUUGUCCAGCAUUUAUUGUUGUUUGUCAGGCACAAUGGAAUCGGCAAAUUUUAUCUACUGAUGCCAAGAAAGCAUUAAAAAGAUAUGCAAGAUAUGAGAAAGAGACAAAAAAUUGUUUGUCAAAUGUUAUUGAUGUUAUCGCAGCCCAGCUGGAUCAACAAUUAAUUGAGGAAUACUUUUUAGUACCUAGAAAAGAUCGUGUCAAUCUGAGAGACUUCUUCAAUCCUGUCAACCCCCCUUUACCUUUGAGAGCCAAAUUUCAAAACGCAAUCAUUGAUUAUAAGGACAAAAACAGCGCCAACAAAUUAUUAGUUCACGAUAGUAGUGAUGAUGAAAAAGAUGAAAAAAUAAAAUUAAGAAAAAAAAAAAAGACACCUUAUGAAAAUUGUUAUUUAUGUAAACUAGAUCCAACUGCUCAACACCUUCAUGUUCUUGGAAAUCAAAAUAUAACUAACAACGAUGGAGAAAAUAAUGACAACAUGAAAGUGGGUAAAAUUAGAAAAAAAUUACUAGAACCUUUUUAUGAAUCAAAUAAUUUAUAUUCAGCUAGUUUUUGA